AUGUUCUACUCGCAGCAAACUAUCACAGCACAUUCUGUCGCCACUGCGCAGUCCGCCUCCCUCUCCAUCGAGCCUGCGGCCAUUUAUGUCCCACCUACCGUAGUUGCCGGAGCGCCUCUACAGUUAGAGGAAACUCUACAACUGAGCGACGCGGUCAUCACGCGCAUCGCCAACAAUGAAGCCACCAAAGAAUUCGUCAGCUACUUUUCCUUCGACAACAGCACGAUCGCCAACGCAACUUUCUCCAAUCAAAGGAAAGUCGUGUCCUGCAAGACAUUUCCAGGCGACCCUAGCUGGCCGACCAAACCAGUCUGGGACACAUUCGAUGCGCUUCUGGGCGGUGGUUUGAUACCUACUGUUCCUAUUGCAUCGGCCUGCUACGACAGCGAAUGGGGCGAGAAAAAUAGUGUACAGUGCGCAAACGUCCUCGCAAACUUUACCAACCCGCUCUUCCACGAGAGCGAUCCAACGUCCAUCAUGUGGCCCAUCUUCCAGGGGCGAACCUGCAUGCCGUCGAACAGUACCGUCGGGAAACAGUGCAUCAAAGGCGGCUAUCCCCAAUAUGCUGUUAAAGUGAGAAAUGUGGCUCAGAUACAACUAGCCAUUAACUUUGCACGCAAUGCGAAUUUGCGAUUGGUGAUUAAGAAUACGGGGCAUUGCUAUCUGGGGAAAUCUUCUGGCGCGGGAGCGCUUAGCCUGUGGAUGCAUAACAUAAAGGAUAUCGACUUUCUGCCCCAGUAUGAGGGCCCAGGGUAUAAGGGCCCUGCGCUUAAGCUUGCGGCGGGUGUGACUGUGAGAGAGGUUUAUGAGGCUGCGGAUCGGCACGAUGUGACUGUCACUGGUGCGGUAUCUUGGAGCGUGGGAUAUGCAGGCGGUAUGAUUACCGGAGGGGGUCAGAAUCCUUUGGCGGGAAUCUACGGCAUGGCAGCAGAUCAUGUCGUGGCUUUCCAAGUCGUCACAGCUGAUGGACGCUUCGUAACAGCCUCUGAAGAUUCGAAUCCCGACCUUUUCUGGGCGCUUCGCGGGGGCGGAGGCGGCACCUUUGCUGUUGUUGUUUCGGUCAUCAUUCGAGCGCAUCCGAAGCUUAACGUCGUCACUGCAAACUGGGUGUUAGAUGCCUCCAAAAAUAGUGUUGACGCCUUCUGGGCCGGCACAAAGAAGUUCUACGAUGUAUUCCUCGAGUGGGCAGACGCUGGGAUCUAUUCCUUCUUCAUCAUGGGUAACACCCCCGCCCCAUUCCUCAACAUGCGAUACCUCUUCGCACCAAAUCACACCAUGGAAUCCUACACCAAGCUCAUCUCGCCCUUCUUCGCCUACCUCGAAGCACACAAUAUUUCGCUCACCACCCCGCACACUCACACCGCACACGAUUCCUUCUACUCCGCCUAUCAGGCAACCUGGGGCGCGAACUCCUUCCCCAUCGGCCUCGACAACUCACUCCCCGCGAACCGCAUCGUCCCGCGCGCCAACUUCGAGAAAAGGUACAACGAAACUUUCGACCUCAUCAAACAGCACGUCUCCUCCGGAAAACACUUCCUCGGAUACCACAAAGCUCCCAUCGCGCACGGUAAUACCGAUAACGCCGUAAACCCCGCCUGGCGUACGUGUGCGCUCUUCUUCGUCACUUCGUCGAACAAGUCUCUCGACCAUUCUACCCCCGAAGCCUUGGCAAUAGCCAACAAAGAUCUCCAAGAGAAUAUUCUCCAGCCGUGGCGCGAUGUUGCGCCUGUCGAGGAGGGCGGAGGCACGUAUCUCAACGAGGCGAGUGUUAUGGAGGUGGACUGGCAGGAGAGCUUUUAUGGGGGGUAUUAUGGGAGGUUGAGUGAGAUUAAGCGAAAGUGGGAUCCUUAUGAUGUUUUCUAUGCUACCACGGCAGUGGGGAGCGAGCGGUGGGAGGUGAGGGAUGGAGAGCAGGGCGUGCAGACACAGAAUGGACGACUUUGUAGGGUUUAA